UGGCGAGACACUGUGCGCGACACAGUGCGUGCGUGCGUGCGCGUUCCGCUCGUGGUGGCAGCAGCAAAAAUAUGCAAAAGUAUGAGAAGCUCGAGAAAAUAGGAGAAGGCACUUAUGGCACCGUGUUCAAAGCCAAGAAUCGCGAGACACACGAAAUCGUCGCGCUGAAGCGGGUGCGAUUGGACGAUGACGAUGAAGGUGUACCGUCGUCAGCCCUACGGGAGAUCUGUCUUCUGAAGGAGCUCAAGCAUAAGAAUAUAGUUCGUCUCUAUGACGUGCUGCACAGCGACAAGAAGCUCACCUUGGUGUUCGAGCACUGCGAUCAGGAUCUCAAGAAGUACUUCGACAGUCUGAAUGGGGAAAUUGACUUGGACGUCGUUAAAUCAUUCCUAUAUCAAUUGUUGAGGGGAUUAGCAUUCUGCCAUAGCCGUAAUGUUCUGCACAGGGACCUCAAACCGCAGAACUUACUCAUCAACAAGAACGGGGAGCUGAAGCUCGCUGAUUUUGGAUUAGCAAGAGCAUUCGGAAUUCCUGUAAAAUGUUACUCGGCGGAGGUUGUUACAUUAUGGUACCGUCCCCCGGAUGUUCUUUUCGGAGCAAAAUUAUAUACAACGUCCAUUGACAUGUGGAGCGCCGGAUGCAUAUUCGCUGAAUUAGCGAACGCCGGCAGACCGCUCUUUCCCGGAUCGGAUGUAGACGAUCAAUUGAAAAGAAUAUUCAAAAUGUUGGGCACACCGACUGAGGAGACGUGGCCAGAUUUAACGACACUUCCUGACUACAAACCAUUCCCACAAUAUCAUCCCACGCAAGGGCUAGCGCAGGUUACACCCAAGCUCACUUCAAGAGGAAAAGACUUACUCCAGAGAUUAUUAGUGUGUAAUCCGGCUCUACGGCUGUCGGCGGAGGAAGCGAUGGCACAUCCAUACUUCAACGACUUGAACCCUGCCAUAAAGAACGACCGAUGCCAAUAGCGAGCCAUCCUUCUUAGCUUAAACCGACUGAAAGCAUAUUAUGGCGCAUACGAUGCGCAGCGACCAAAAAGUGGAAAGGAAAACGCUCUGGCAAUGAUCGUUUGUUAAUACAUGCAUACAUACAUAGAUACACACACACACACAUGCGCGUGUGUGCGUGCGUGCGUGUAUGUAUUGUGUAUGUAUACAUCCAUGUAUAUGUAUAUUAAGCGCUUGGACGAGAUAAUCGCCUCCCCCCCUCCCCUCCGCGACAAGAAGACACCGACGAGUCAUUUUAUAAUAAUAAGGAAGAAUCGAUAAAUCAUUAAGUUCACUUUGGCGGCAACUUCUUCGUAUCGAAAGUAAAAAAUUCCACGGUCAGCGGAAGGAAAAGAACGCGACACAUUUCGUACACUGUCAAAGUCGCGAGUGAUGAAUAUGAGAAGAUUUUAUGCGAGUGAGUAGGAUAUUAUAUAAGCGCGAUUUAUUUAUUAUUAAAUUAUUCUAUCAAUAAACUGAUAUCUUAAA